AUGGAUGAGACUUCCGCUGCCGCCUCGCAACGGGGAAGAGCGCGGACGGCGUGCAAUUUAUGCCGGUAUCGAAGGAUCCGCUGCGAUAGGGAAAAACCAGCAUGUGAGACUUGUAGACUAGCGGGUGUGUCGUGUGUGUUCACUCCGCGAGUCGGGCAGCGGAGAGAUGUCCGCAGAGAACUCGCGGAGGCAAAAGCCACAGUGCAGCUAUUACAAGAAGCAUUAAGAACAGAGCGAGAGCGCCAUCAGAGCCAGACUCCGUCUCUAACUCCAAGCCCAGCGGCAUGGCUAGCUGCACAAACAGAUAUACUCGAUUCAUACGGCUUCGACGCGGCGAAAGAUGCCUUUCGGAAACAUCUAUCAUACUGCGACCCAUCAUUCUUUUCUAUUGUUCACCGAACGGGACAUACAUUCAACAUUGAUGACUUCCUAGACCAAGUAUCUUAUUCAUUCAGAGCACAAUAUCCGACGCAUCAGUCUAGAACUAUUAUGCCAAAAUGGCCUCCGCGGGAACUAGUCCAGCGCGCGAUUGAGUAUUUCUCAAGGACGGGACUUUAUUCUGUUUUUCCUGUUGUUCAAACGGAGACUUUAUCAUCAGAUAUCGAUCCGAGUGUCAUUUUCCAACCCGGGAAUGAUAUGAAGGCAGCAGAUUUAGUCUGUCCAGUUGCGUUGACAGCGCUUCUUGGGAGGAUACACAGACACGAGCCUGAAUUCGCGGAUGCAGAGCCUGAUGCAUACAUCCAGGCGGCGUUGGGCUUGGUACCACAGUUAAUGAUGGAUAGUGAGAAUCUAAGAACGUUGGAGACUUUAGUUCUACUGGCCCUCUACAUCUUCCCCACCAGCCAGCCCCAACUCGCAGAACUCCUCCUCUCCAUGUCCGUCCGCAUCCUCUACAACCUACGCGCCAACCACCAAACCACAAACCAACACACCCGAGCCCUCUUCUGGCUAACCUAUUUCAUCGACAAAGACCUCUCCCUCAGACAAUUCCAGCCCCCUUUAAUCCACGAUAGUGAUUGCAUACUCUCCCUACCAGACACGUACAUCUCCGAAUCUUCAACUCACCGGUUUCUCUUGAAACCGCUCUCGCCAAAUGAACUACUCUUCCCGUCUGAUCUUCGGCUGUCUCUUAUAAAAUCCAAGAUUUAUAACUUGUUAUACUCAAAACAUGCUCCAACACAGGCGCAAUCCUCAGAAACACAGGCAAGACGCCUGCAACAUAUCCGCGAAUUAGACCAGGAACUCAAUGACUUCAAGGCUGCUUUCCCGGUUUCUCUGCCACCGGAUAGUUUUUUAUCUGGGAUGGGGCGCGUUGUACCGGAUAUUUUGCUGCAUGAUAUGAGUCUUAGGGGGUAUAAUAUUCAUUUGGAGUAUUGGUUUUGUCUGGGGAGGAUUCAUGCUAGUGCUGCUAGCACUGCUACUGCAGGGAUACAGUCGCCAUUAUUAUCGUCGAGUAUGAAUUUGUGUCAUCAGGUGGCGCGUUCGACGUUGUUGUUUAUGGUACGGACGAGGCAUUUUAUCAUGCCUGGGAAUUUUUGGAUCCACGCACAAUCCGUCCUAACCUCCAUAAUCACCCUCUUCCAGUACAUAGUCACAGCUCCAUCCGCGACAACGGUUGAACAGGAUCUAAGCAUCCUAGAGAGUAUUGCGAAUACAUUCAGGGACAUAGUUGAGAGUGGAAAAUGUGGCGAUGGUGGUGAUGGGCGUUUUCCGCCGUUUUAUAUCACGGAGAAGUUUGUGAGGUGGUUGGUUGGUUUCGUCAGAGAUUCAUCUAGGGACAUGCAUUAGCAAGCACUUGUAUAAGGAUGGCAUUGGCAUCGAAGACACUGAUUAUGUACAUCUAUCAUGUAUAAUAAAUUAGGUACUAGUAAUUAAACAAAC